AUGCCCAUCAUCAGCAACGCCAACCACGACUUCAGCAACCUUUCAGUUAGCGACGACAGCAGCCUCGACCGCAUCUUCACCGAGAUCCCAGAGACUGAGACCAUCAAGGGCGUCUACUAUAAAAGAGCUCAGUUCAUUCGCCGGCCUGAGGACUUGCUGUCUGUCGACCACGGCGUGUUAGCUGUGAUCAAUGUUGGGGGAAACCGCUACACCUUCCCCUGGAGCACCCUGGAGCAGUUCCCACUGACGCGCCUUGGUCGUCUGUGCGACUGCCGCUCACCCGAAGACAUCGCCAACGUCUGCGAUGACUAUGACGAAACGCACAAAGAGUUCUUCUUCGAUCGGUCGCCCUCCGCCUUCAGGGUCAUCCUCAACUUCCUGGCGGCGGGGAAACUGCGCCUGCUCCGGGAGAUGUGCGUGCUGUCCCUUCAUGACGAGCUGACGUACUGGGGCGUGGAGAUGGCCUACAUGGAACGCUGCUGUAAGAGGAAGAUGUACACUCGAAUCGAAGAGACGAACGAGCAGGAGCGCCACGACGAGGAGCUGCGGCAGAGGAGCGUGCUGCAGAGGGUGCCCGUGGUUGAGACGCGCUAUCGGAAGGUCAUGAACUGGCUCAGGGACAUGGUGGAGAACCCGCAGUCAGGCCUCCCCGGCAAGAUCUUUGCCUGCAUGUCGGUCAUCAUGGUGGCGGUGACCGUGGUCAGUUUGUGCAUCGGGACUAUGCCGGAUCUGAGAGAGGAGGAGGACCGGGGCGAGUGCUCCACCAAGUGCUUCAACAUGUUCAUCAUUGAGACUGUGUGUGUGGCCUGGUUCUCCCUGGAGUUCUUGCUGCGUUUCAUCCAGGCCCCCAGCAAACUCGGCUUCCUGCGCGGGCCCUUGAACAUCAUCGACGCCAUGGCCAUACUGCCCUAUUACGUCUCGCUGGUGGUGUCGGAGAAGGAGCCUGGAUCGGAUCCUGACAAACCCGGUGGGAGGGGGUACCUGGAUAAGUUAGGGCUGGUGCUACGGAUCCUGCGUGCGCUGCGGAUCUUGUACGUGAUGCGGUUGGCGCGUCACUCCCUCGGCCUUCAGACUCUGGGGCUGACGGUCAGGCGGAGCACCCGGGAGUUCGGGUUGCUGCUGCUUUUCCUCUGCGUGGCUGUCACUCUCUUCUCCCCGCUGGUCCACUUAGCCGAAAGCGAGUUAACCGGGACGCAUGACUUUAGCAGCAUCCCGGCGUCCUACUGGUGGGCUAUCAUCUCCAUGACGACCGUGGGCUAUGGCGACAUGGUACCCAGGUCCAUUCCGGGGCAGGUGGUGGCUCUGAGCAGCAUCCUCAGCGGGAUCCUAAUCAUGGCCUUCCCGGCUACUUCCAUCUUCCACAUGUUCUCGCGCUCGUACCAGGAGCUCAAGAUGGAGCACAACAGACUGUUCAAGGAGGAGUGUGCAGCCGCAGCCGCCGCAGCUGCCUCUGCAGACGGGGGAGGGGACCCGGGGCGAUGGUUAGGUGGAGAGAUGGGCGCGGAGGACUCGGCUCCACCUGGACUGCACCUGGAGAAGGACGGGCCACAUGCACUGGAGUCCCUGGGCCUGCUGGAGAAAGGAAACAACAACCAUACUCUGCCACCAGCAGCCUUCUGA